AUGUCCUGCGGUAUCUGGUACCUGGGGGAGUUAUUCGCAAUGCAUUGCAUAAAUCUCCCUCCCUCGGAUAAGACCUCAGCCAGGUCGAUUCAAUUCAAGCUCACCGUUCGUCCACCUCCACGGCACUACUACUCCUCAACUCAACAAGCCUGCUGUCUGGCCUGUCUCGUCUCGCAUCACACAACGCCAGCACACACCUCCUCUCCUCACCUCACUUCCACAGGUUCCUCGCCUACCCCAAUACAGCAUAACCCCAAAGCUAAAAUCCCAAGCUUCUCACUAGGUUACCGUACUCCAAACGCAAACCCAGCCGUUCAUGGGAAAGCUCAGCCACCUCAGAGAUACAGAUUUGCUGGGUGA